AUGUAUUUUUUCCUUACUUCUUUUUCACUCAUGGAUGCCACCUAUUCUUCUGUCAUAACCCCCAAGAUGAUUGUGGAUUCCUUCUCUGACAGUACUACCAUCUCCCUAGAAGGCUGCAUGAUCCAGCUUUUUGCAGAACAUUUCUUUGGUGGGGUGUCAAUCAUCCUUCUCAUCAUGAUGGCCUAUGAUCGCUACGUGGCCAUCUGUAAGCCCCUGCACUACAUGACUAUCGUGAUUUCUCAGGUGUGCUGCCUGCUGCUGGGAGGGGCCUGGGUAGGCGGGUCCAUGCAUGCAACAGUACAGCUUCUCUUCAUGUACCAAAUACCCUUCUGUGGUCCCAAUGUCAUUGAUCACUUUAAGUGUGAUUUAUUUCCAUUUCUGACACUGGCCUGCAUGGAUACGUGCAUGCUGGGCCUCUUGGUCAUCCUCAACAGUGGGGUGGUGUGUGUGGCCAUCUUCCUUAUCCUCGUUGCCUCCUACGUGGUCAUUGUCUGCUCCCUAAAAUCUUGCAACUCUGAAGGGCGGCGCAAAGCCCUCUCCCUCUGUGGCUCCCACCUCACAGUGAUUGUCUUGUUCUUUGUGCCAUGCAUUUCCUUGUAUGUGAGACCUGUGGCCACUUAUCCCAUAGACAAAGCAAUGGCUCUGUCUUUUACCAUUGUUGCACCCAUGUUAAAUCCCUUGAUGUACACCCUGAGAAACGCAGAGGUGAAAAAUGCUAUGAAGAAACUCUGGAAGAGGCAACAAAUCCUGGAUUGUCACUAGCUUCCAUGCCAAGAACAAAUUUCUCCUAUAGGUACCGUGAGGUCUCAUCCUCCCCAUUCAAUCAAAUCUCUUGCAUGUACAAUACUAAGUGGCAUCUUUUAAGCAUACAAAUCUGCUCAAGACACUGCAGUACUCUGCCUAACCACAUUGCUGCCUACCUCUCCGGUACAUUUUGUACUUCAUCAUUUUCACAAGGCUCUAGCCCCCUUUGUCUUUUCUUCUUUUUUUUAACUGAUUUUUGGAGAAUUCGACAUUUUCCCAGUUCAUGGCUUUUGUUCUCACACUUCUGUCUGAUGGCAUCUCCUUCUCCAGAUGCUUCAUCUGCCUCAAUCAUAUAUAUAUAUAUAUAUAUAUAUAAUUUCAUUUUCAGAUGACCACCCACCUCCUCAAGAAGUCUUGUCUCUAGUAAUUUCAGUUAUUCUCUAGCUUUCCAUCCCAUUUAUAUCCUUAACGAUAAAUAAGCAGAAACUGUACUUAACUUUAUAAGUAAGUGUGUUUUUAUUUUCUCUGUUUUCUCCACAAAAUUGUAAUUGUUAGGAUAGGGGUGGUGUUUAUUCAUUCACGUUGUAAACCUAGUGGUUCAUACGCUUCCAGUUAGCUAACUAGUUGCCAUGGAGUUGAUUCUGACUCAUGACAGCCCUAUGUGUGUCGGAGUAGAACUGAGAUCUGUAGGGUUUUCAACGGCUGAUUUUUUUCAGAAGUUGAUUGCCAGGCCUUUUUUUUCUGAGGCAUCUCUGGGUGGACUUAAAACAUCAAACUUUUGGUUAAUAGCAGAGAGCAUUAACCUUUUGUACCACUAAGGGACUCCUCUAGUCAACUAGCAGAUGCUUAAUAAAUAUUAUUCAAUAAAUGUCAGUCUAAAAGAGACUUAGUUGUUGAUUUUUAAUCUUUUUAAAUUCAAUGGUUGGGAAAAAUUGGGAAAGAUAAAUACAUAUAAAAAGCUAAGGAGUUAGAAUUCAGAAUUCUCCUGGUUUUUGUGCUACAAAGUGUCCUUUUUGAAGGCAAGCAUAAUCUCAGUUUUUAGUGGUGUGCUAUUUAAUAUGGAAGCCUCUCUAAAAAAAAAAAAAAACUGAUUGUUGUCGAGUUUAUUCCAACUCAUAGCAACCCGACAGGAGAGAGUAGAGCUGCCCCAUGUGGUUAACUCUCCACUGCCUUUUGUUAUCAUUUACAGAAACAGACUAAGAGUCACUCAUGCAGGAGUCAAGAGAUUUUAGAAUCUAGUGUCUUUGUCCGCUGUUAUUCAUAAGGUUUUCACCGGCUAAUGCUUUUCAGUAGACUGCCAGUCCUUCUUCCUAGUCUGUCUUAGUUUGGAAGAUCAACUGAAACCUGUCCUCCAUGGGUGAUCCUGCUGGAAUCUGAAUACUGGUGGCAUAGCUUCCAGCAUCACAGCAACACGCAA